AUGUCAACAAAGAAGAAGAAAAAGAAGGACAAGGCUCCUGAGGAGAUCGCAGGGAAAGAAGCCGAGCAGCUUGCCGGUAAGAAGGAGAAGAAGAAGAAGCGGAAGCCAGCAGCAUCAAGGUCACAGGAUGGCCAGGAGGCCCCAGUGCAGCUGAAGCCACGCCAAGUCGCUGAGCAGGAGCGACACGAGGCUUCGGACAGGGAGCGUGAGGAGCCUGAGAGGAAGAAAAAGAAGAAGAAACCCAAGCCGGAGAACCUCGUUGAGGAGGAGCCGGAGAGGAAGAAAAAGAAGAAGCACAAGACUGAAAGGCACAUGGACGAGGAGUGCCAGGGAGAGGAGCUCGUGCUCGCAGAGGAGCCCAUGAAGAGGAAGAAGAAGAAAAAGCAGAAGACCGACCUCAUCGACGGUGAGGAACUGGAAGCUGCGCCGCCCGCGCAGGAGGCACCUCGACGGCGAAGAAAAGCCGCUGCCGAGGAGGAGCCACAAGCGGAGCGGAAGCCCCGGAGGAAGAAGGAACCCCGCCUCCGAGCAUGGCCCGAGGACGCAGAGGACGACCAGGAGGAGCCUGAAGAGGAGGAGCCGGACGAUCGCGAGGAGCGGCCCCACCGUCGGCGUCGAAAGCGGCGUGCCGAUCGCGAGGCGUCAGACCCGCAGCGGGACAGUGAGUCACCUGCCCCACGGCGCAAGCGCCGAAGGGAGGCGUCGCAGGACCGCACAGACCGGCGGCGCCGAAAGAGCAAGUCUCCUCGGGACCAGCGCAGCGCCGCGCAGCGAGCCUGGGACCUUGCAAAGGCGGGCGGCGCUGCCAAAGCCUUCCUUAAGGAUGGUGCCCCCGCCAAGGGCCCGCCGAUGAUGCCAACUGGACCUCUUGGGGCCUACCCUGGCGUCAUGCCCCUGAUGAUGCCGCUAGCUCAACCCGGCUUGCCGGUGAUGAUGCCACCGCCGCUUCCAGGUCCACACUGGAUGCCCGGCAUGCCUGGGAUGCCCGGCAUGCCCGGCAUGCCCCUGCCGCACCCGAUGAUGCCGCAUCCGGCCAUGCUGCCGCAUGCGAUGGCAGGAAUCCCCCGUCCUGCGGCCAUGGCUCCAGGAGCUUGGAUCCCGCAGGACAGCAGCAGCAGUAGCAGCAGUAGCAGCAGUAGCGACAGCAGCGACAGCGAUGAUGACGAGGCAGCCCCAACAGCCGGCGUGGCGGUGGCUGCCGUUGCCAAGGCCCAUGCCGCCCCAGCCGGCCUGGCACCCUCCCAGCCAAAGGCUGCCAUGCCGAAAUCUUCGGCAAAAGCGGAGGCCAAGGCAGCCCCAAAGGCAGGGAAGGCCCUGGCUGCCAAGGCCGCGGCCAAGGCAAAGUCGACGCCCCAGGUUCCGGCUACAGUCGUCAUCCCCGACCCGAAGGUCGAGACGGUGAACCUGGAUGACAGCAACAGCGACAGCAGCUCCUCUAGCUCAAGCUCCGACGACUCCGACGGGGCCGGGAAGUCAGCUCAGACGCCCGAAGUGAAAAUCACCAAGACCACGGUGACGACCACGCUGGAGCCCAUGUCGCAAGAGGAAGUGCUUGCCAGCGAGCUCCGUGGUGAGGUCGAGGCGUUUCUUGCGGAGAACCCCGUCGACCACGAUGCCGCGGAGCGACUGCGCGCGAUGUCUUGGGAUCAGCAGUUCCGGAUCCUGGACCGUGGCGACUUGAGGGCUGCCCGCAACCCAUCUGCUGUGUUGGCUGCGCGCAUGAAGGAGGUCGAGAGUGGCGGCGUGGCCCAGGGGAAGUUUCCCAGCGAGGCCACCAUGUUCAGCACCGCGCCAGGAGCUGCGGACUCGAUGCUUUGA